AGUAAACAAAAUCACACCAGCAAGGAGGGAAGAGUGAGGGCGCAGUGGGCAGCUCCUGGCUCUACAAGCGUCUUCUGUUCUCUCCAGGUAGUCCUCUCCGGCCAUAAUGUCCACUAAAAGACUGGAGAAGUUUGAAGUGGUGUGUGGGUGGGCUUCAUGCGGCUUCACGGGCUACACCAUGGAAGACCUGAGUGUCCACAUGUCCCAGCAUUUGAAGGACUAUCUGGGAGACAAGGAUGCAGCGGAAGAGCUGGAUGAGUAUGCCUGUUUGUGGGAUGGUUGUGAGUUUCUCUCUAUGGGUAGUCCACGAGAAUUAGAAAUCCAUGCUUACUUCCACAACUACCACAGUAAGCUCAAAUACGCUGGUUCACAACUGCUAAAGCAACGUCAUGACCUGCCGAGCUGCACUCUGGGCGCUCACAGCAACAACCUUGUCCCAGAAGGAUCGGAAGGAUUUGUUUGCCAGUGGGAACACUGUGAUAGCUCUUUUGACAAUCCUGAGUGGUUUUAUCGUCACGUGGACAAUCAUGUUGAAAGCUCUGAACCUCAAUCUGUUAAUGAACCUCAGCAACAACAAGCUCUGUUCUGCCACUGGACAGGCUGUGAUGCUUUCUUCAAAAUCCGUUACCGUCUGAGGGAGCAUGUGCGCACUCACACUCAGGAGAAGCUUGUCGCUUGUCCCACCUGCGGCAGCAUGUUCUCCAGCAACACUAAGUUGUUUGACCACCUCCACAGACAGGCAGCACCAAUCGAGGCACUUGUGUGUGAACAUUGUGGGAAAGCUUUUUCUAAUGAGAGACUUCUACGGGACCACGUGCGCCAACACGUGAAUCAGGUGAAAUGUCCCCUCUGCGACAUGACCUGCACCACUCUCGCGGCACUGAAAAUACACAUCAGGUUUCGUCACUGUGAUGAGCGGCCAUUUCCAUGCGAUUUCUGUGACAAAAGAUUUAAAAACCAGCGUGAUCUGCAGAAGCACUCAGAGAUCCAUAAUGAGGGCUCAGUGUAUCAGUGCACUGUCGAAGGCUGUGACUAUGCCUGCCAUACCUUUCAGACCAUGAACCACCACUUCAAAAGAGUUCAUGAGGCUGGGGGCAUGUCUAAGUAUAAAUGCCAUAUUUGUGAUAAGGUUUUCUCCUGGUGUUACACUCUCACACUGCACCUGCGAAAGAAACAUGAGCUCAAGUGGCCCUCCGGACAUUCUCGCUUCAGAUAUAAAAAAGACAUUGAUGGGUUUCUCAAAGUGAACAUGGUGCGCUUUGAGACUGUGGAGGUGACUAAAGAGAUUAUGAAGAACAUGGCCAAAAAGCCUCAGAGUGCACGCAAAAGUCCGAGAGCUAGCACCAGUCGUACUAGGAAGUCCUCUGUCCCACCUGAGAGCUCUCCUGUGGGGUCAUCGUCACCAUCAUCCUGCUCCUCCUCUUAUUCCUCACAGCUGUCGGGGGAGGAGGAGGACACGCCCGCUCAGGCCAGUCCCUGUGAUUCCCCCAUGUACUGUGUCAUGAACACUGUCCCUCACUUAGAGGAGGAGGAGACUGGGCACUUGUCCCAGGACGACUGCACCAACGGCGGGACGUCCGGAGCUGUGCAGGCCCUGACAGAGGUGGCCAGGGGUUUGGGGAUGGAUGUGGUGUAGAAGCAUUUCAUCUGAUGGUAAUGUUUUUAUAUUGUACUUGAAUUGUUUCUUACAGUGUUAUAACUGACAUUUUGUUUUUAAUUUUCCUCAUGUUUUUACUAUGGUUUUAGCCUUAUCAUUUUUGCACUUUGGUGUACUUAUUAGACCUGCAUAUUAAAGCAGGUGAAUGUCAUAACUCCUAUACUGAAAGUAUUUUAACAUUUUAUCAACUGAUUUUAUUUGCUUUUUUUAUACUCAGUGGUCAAAAGAUUACAUUCUAAUUAGUAUAUUUGUACUUGUAUUUGAUAAUUGUUCAAUAUUCCUGCUCAAAGUUUUAAAUAGAGUUUUGAUACAAAUAAAUAUUGUCAUUCAUUGUU